AUGGAUCGCAUUCACACGGCAACAUACUGUGCUGGAGUACGGGUAGUCCGGACCCAGGACUACCUCCACAACUGGACUCGGUGGACACAUGGGAUGCAGGUUGCAUCCAACGGCCCACGGACAAUUCAGAAGGCUGAGGGGGAGAAUGUGAUUCUGGGCUGCAGUUACACACCGAGCCCCUCAGACACCGGAGAGCUCGACAUUGAAUGGUCUGUGGUCAGUCCGGAUACAACGCAGAAAGAUCAGAUGCUCAUGUCCUACGCUGGAGGUAGUAAGUACAUUCAUACUGACGGUGCUGUUGCACAAGGGCUGACCUUUGCUGCCAGUGACCCCUCAACAGGUGACGCUUCGCUCUCAAUUGCCGCUUUAUCACCUGCACAUAGUGGAACUUAUCAAUGUAAAGUGAAGAAAUCGCCUGGAGUGGACACGCUCAAGGUGUCACUGAUGGUGUUGGCGAAGCCGUCGGUGCCUAAGUGCUGGGCGGAGGGAGGGGAGAUGAUCGGCGAGGCAGUGUCUCUGCACUGCAAGUCUGCAAAAGGCUCCACUCCCUUAAAAUACACAUGGAAGAGAGAAAGUCCAGGCCCGAUUCCGGCUGAAGCCUCACAGAACAGUUUGACUGGAGAGCUGAAAAUCAGCAACCACUCACAGAGCUUUGCAGGAAUUUACCUUUGUGAGGUGAACAAUGCUGUUGGUGCUGAACGCUGCAGGAUCAUCCUGAAAGCCAACAAACCUCCCAACAAAGCAGCGGUGAUCGUCGGCGUGGUCGUGGGUUCGCUCCUCCUCAUCUUCAUCCUGUUGGUCUUCAUCGUCCUCCUUUACUGGAAGCUAAAAAGCAGGCAGCGCUACGAGAAGGAGUUCUCCAACGAGAUCAGAGAGGACGUUCCGCCUCCUGAGAGCCGCCCGGUCAGUCGGCGAACCAACCGAAGCAGCGGUCGACACCCACAGGUCACCUACAGCCACGUAGGCGAGACCGAGGCGAGCUGUUUGGAUGAAGGACACGCUCGCACGCCAUCCACCACCUGCAGCCACAUAUAUACACCGGUCAAAUACAACAGCAAGGACGGGUAUGCAGUGUGA